GUGUGUUAGUGCAUAAGUCUGCUUGUGUGUGUGUGUAUGUGUGUGUGUGUGACGUUGAGGAGGGGUGCAGGGUGAUUGGACGCGCUAGGUGCCUCUCUGUUCAAUGCAGCAGCACGCCGGAGUUGUCUAUGAAUAUGGAUGAGUGAGAUCGGAGAGGGUGAUGCAGUAGGAAGAUUCCCCCCUUCAGUCCUGCACUGCUUGAACAAUACACUGCCUCUCUGUCUAUGCCACACACACGUCCACACACGGCAGCUGCUGAGAGAUCUGUCACCGUCACACAGACGCAGGGAGAGACGCAGCACUGGGGCUAUAGAGAGUAGGACUCUAUGACUCUCUUCCCUUGCGUCUCACAGACCAACCCGGGCAGCGAGGCUGACUGGCUGCAUUCUUCGACGCCAGCGCGGUUCUCAUGGUCAUCCGUCCACCGGAGCCCCGCACUGCUGCUCCGCGUCCCGUGUUCAUGGCUGUCUGAGCAAAUCCGGACCACAGCUCGCCACAAUGGAAGAGGGGGAGUACUUCCUGAAAGUUCUGAUCCCCAGUUACGCAGCCGGUUCCAUUAUUGGUAAAGGAGGACAGACUAUAGUUCAGCUACAGAAGGAGACCGGGGCCACCAUUAAACUGUCCAAAUCUAAAGACUUCUACCCAGGUACAACAGAACGUGUGUGUUUGAUCCAGGGUACAGUAGAGGCACUGAAUGGUGUUCAUAACUUCAUCGCUGAAAAAGUGCGUGAGAUGCCACAGAGUAACCAGAAGAGUGAACCAGUCAGUGUACUACAGCCUCAGACUACAGUCAACCCUGACCGCAUUAAACAGGCCAAGUUGAUUGUGCCUAACAGCACUGCAGGAUUGAUUAUUGGUAAGGGUGGAGCGACGGUGAAGUCUGUGAUGGAGCAGUCAGGGGCAUGGGUGCAGCUCUCACAGAAGCCUGAGGGCAUCAACCUACAGGAGCGUGUGGUGACUGUGAGUGGCGAGCCCGAGCAGAACCGCAAGGCUGUGGAGAUCAUUGUGCAGAAGAUCCAGGAGGACCCGCAGAGCAGCAGCUGCCUCAACAUCAGCUACUCCAAUGUCACAGGACCUGUGGCCAACUCCAACCCUACUGGCUCUCCAUACGCCAACACCGCUGACGGCCUGCCCACUGCUGGUGCUGCCACAGCCUCCAGCCUGCUGGGCCAGGCAAGCCUCGCUGGCAUGGCUGGUUUCCCAGCGGCCAUGUCCAGCUUUUCUGGGAACGACCUUUUGGCCAUCACGUCGGCUCUGAACACAUUGGCCAGCUAUGGCUACAACACCAGCACGCUUGGUCUCGGCUUAAAUCCAGCUGCUGCUUCUGGCGUGUUGGCUGCCGUUGCUGCUAGCGCUAACCCUGCCGCAGCUGCAGCAGCUAACCUGCUGGCCUCCUAUGCCAGCGAGGCGUCUGGCGGUGCCGGCCACCCUGCAACACCCAGCCUUGGAGGCUUCUCCCUGGGCUCUCUGGCUGCUGCAACAGGGGCCUCCAAUGGCUACCUGAACCCCUCAUCCCCACUGGUCGCGUCCUCACUUCUUGGGACGGAGAAGCUUGGUGAGAGUGGGAAGGAGGUGGUGGAAAUUGCUGUGCCAGAGAACCUGGUGGGUGCCAUCUUGGGGAAAGGUGGGAAGACUCUGGUGGAGUACCAGGAGCUCACGGGCGCUCGCAUUCAGAUCUCCAAAAAGGGCGAGUUCAUACCGGGCACACGCAACCGCAAAGUCACCAUCACAGGUUCCCCUGCAGCCACACAAGCGGCACAGUAUCUCAUCAGCCAGAGGGUCACGUACGAGCAAGGCGUCCGCGCUGCUAACCCUCAGAAAGUGGGCUAGAGAGACAGCUUGCGGAGGGGGAGAGAAAUGAGUGAGAAAAUGGACAAAAAACAAAAGAAAGAAUAUGAGGGAAGUUUGGUUUCUAUAAACAAAUUCACAUUUCAGAGGAGAGGAAAAAAUAAAACAAAGAAAUGUGAAUUUGUGAAGAAAGAAAAAUGCUCAUUUGUUGACUUGGGGAAGCGGGGGUGUGAAGUUUGUGACUGACAUUCUGCUGUCUUUUUUUAGGUUGUGUAGAUUGUGAGGGUCUGAGUAUUGAACCCUGUGGCACUUUGUGAGGGUCUGAAUAUUGAACCCUGUGGCACUUUGUGAGGGAGGACUGCCGUGCCUCACCUCUCUCUCCCAAGGGCCAGUUAGAUUCCAUUUUGUCUUUCCAUCAUUAGCAGAUCUUGUACAAACUAGUUCAGCUUUUUGACUGGGUCACCAAUCUGGGAAACUAGGACAAGUGUUUUACAGCGAUUCCUCCUUGGGAUGGAUCAAUAUCAGUUAUCAAUUAAUUACAAAUAUAACCCUCUUUUAGUCCUGAGUGGUUACAAGACUUGCAGUGAGUUUACAAUACAAGCAGAAGCUGAUUAGAAAUCGUGAAGAUUUCUUUUAGCUUCUGUUCUCACUGGUGUGAGUCCAACACCUGGUCAAACUUGAUCAGACCUGAUCAGACCUGGUCAGACCUGGUCAGAUAGCCUUGCUUGGCUUUUACUCUUAAGUGGUCAGCCCUGUCCUAACACCAACAUGGUUAGUUCCAUUAGGCCUCACUUUAAUGCUUUUAGAUUUUACUUAAACCUGUGAUUCUAGGGUUAGGAUUUGGAUUAGGGUUAGAUUAAUCUUAAACCUGUGAUUCCAGGGUUAGGUUGGUUUUAAACCUGUGAAUCCAGGGUUAGAUUAGUUUUAAAUCUGUGAAUCCAGGAUUAGAUUUGGCUUAAACCCAUGAUUCCAGGGUUAGGCUAGGCUUAAACCAGUGAUUCCAGGUUGAUUUGAAUGUUUAUAGACUUGAUAUUCACACUGGGUCUCCUCUUAACACUGACAUAAUAUAACCGUUACAGAAAGGAAGACAACCAGUGUCAAAGGUCAGAUGCUCAUUGCAAGAGGAUGGAAAUGUAAAUGCAAACACACCUACACAAACCUGUACACACCUCCACACACACAAACACCCCCCCCCCACACACACACACACACACACCCUGCAAAUGCAGUUUAGUCAAUAGAUAUUUCUUUGGUGCUAUGAGAAAAUCACUGACAAUGAAUUUGAGAAACAUUUUCAACAUUUUGAGAAAAUUCUUACACUUACCUACGGAUUUUAGCGUUUGGGGGAUGAGUUCACCUUACCCCUCAUUAUUAAUUAAAGCAAUGUUGUGGUUUGAUCAUAACGUCAUUACAGAGCCAACACACCACACAUUAGAGACACUCUUCAUAUUUAAAAUUCUCUUCACAACACAACACAACACUAAAUCAUCUGGUUGAUCCAAGACUUUUAAAUCCUGCUGUUGAAAACUGAGAGCUGAUUGGCUGCAGUCACACCUCUAAACUUUUCCUCUUCGAUCGGUUGGAAGGUUCGGGCAAUAGCCAGGCACAGUAACAUCACCAGUGUUGAGUUAACACCUACAGUGUCGCACCACAACUACGGUGUUACACCACAAUGAAACACUGUAUGACAAACCAGUACUGUGGGUGUUAAAAAACGGUGAUUUUAAACUGUGGAUUUUUUUUCUAGUUUAUUUUUUUUCUUUUUUUGUAUGAACAGAUCUCAAGAUGAUAUACCUCAUGUUUGGACAGAAUGGGAAAAAUGGAAGAUUUCCAGUUUGUAUGCAGUGUAACCAAGUUCUGAGCUCUACUCCAGCUUCCGCAUGUGACACAGAGAGAAAGUGCACUUGAUGUCCAGCUGCCUGUAGACGCCUGACACUGGCAGUGCAUGUGCGCUGACGCCACACAGCCUUUACAGCAGUAACUAUGAUGCUGGUGCAAGAUGUCUGCUCUGGAGCUAUCACACGUGGUACUGAGAGGCCAGGUCCGACACAGGCCGGGUCCAACACAGGCCGGGUCCGACACAGUCCGGGUCCCACACAAGCCGGGUCCGACACAGGCCAGGUCCAACGCAGUCUGGAGCCUACACAGUCCGGGUUCGAUACAGGCCAGGUCCGACAGAGGCCGGGUCCGACACAAGCCCCGUCCGACACAGUCCGGGCCCGACAGAGGCGAGGUCCAACACAGGCCGUUCCUCUCCAGAAACUGGGGAAAACAAUGUGGCACAUUUUCUAGUGUGAAGGUUGAAUGUGGACCUUAGCCUUUCUGUGCAACACGUAUGUGUUUUAGGAUAUCAGCAUGGCAGUGUAUUUAAUCGCUUAUUUUGGUUCGUUUUUGGGCUUUGCUUUGUAGUCAUUAUGCACUCAGCAUCACUGUUAAGGUUUGGGUUACAUUGCCAUUAGGGUUUGGGUGACAUCGCCAUUAGGGUUUGGGUGACAUCGCCAUUAGGGUUUGGGUUACAUCACCAUUAGGGUUUGGGUUACAUCACCAUUAGGGUUUGGAUUAUAUCACCAUUAUAGUUUUGGUUAUAUCACCAUUAGGGUUUUGGUUAUAUCACCAUUAGGGUUUGGAUUACAUCACCGUUAGGGUUUGGGUUCCAUUACAGUUUCUGCUGCUAACUGCGUUUUUUAGUCCAUCUAGGGAAAUGCGAGCUGCAGAAUGUCAGAACGCACAGGACUGUUGUACAGACAAAAGGUUAUCUCUCCUUUAAACCACACUGUGAAUCAAUGGGUCAUCAACUCUGGAAUGUAAAUAUUGUGCCAUCUGUUACCACGCAGUAAGAGAGGGCAAAGCAGGUUACAGGAGGAGGAUGCCACGGACACAUGGGUCAAACCAGCGCUGUCCCCUGCAGCUACUAUGUCCCUCUGGAAGUGCUCUCAGCUGCUCUGAGCCCUGGAGCAACACUCUGGUCUAAACUGGUUCUGUUGGUGCAUCUGUAGUCUGAGUUUGUUCUGCUGGUUUGGGUCUUUUCUGCCAUGCAGUUCAAGGCACUGGAGAGUUAGGGUUAAAGUUUGGGUUAUGGGUUAGGGGUUAGGGAUUAGGGGUUCAGCCCUCUUCUGACCACAACUGUAUGGCAGUGCCCAGAUAUCCACUAACCUUCAUUAAUGUGUGCAAACGAUUCCACAGCUGCUUCUACUGCCCAGACCCUACUUCAUAGAACCUGGUACAGGACCUGAGGAGCUGGGGUCAGGGCAGGAAGAGAGAGAGAGGGGGGCAAAAAAGAGGGGACAGAGAAGGAGAAGGAGAUACAUUUAUUUGCUUAAUUGUGCAAAAUAAAUCUUUGUCCAUAUUUCAUACCCGGUGCUUAUGACAGUAUGUUUAUCAGCAAAUCCAUUUUAUGAUAUUUAUACUUUCCACAAAUUAUUUUUGAAUUAUUGCUUGCUAUCAGUUUCGAGAAAGUCAUUUCUGAGGUGUGAGAAGAAAGUGUGUUUGCAUUUUCAGAAGCACAAACACAGCACACAUACAGCAGCAUUUCACCCCUAACCCAUAAUCCUAAAUAUAACUCUACCCCUAACCCCUAACCCCUAACUCCUAACCCUAACCCUAAAUCUAACCCUACCCUUAACCCCUAGCU